UGACUCAGACUCCAGUGAGAGGGAGGAUGUGAGGGAAGAAGGAGCUGGUCUGCGGUCAGUCUGCUGCGGUGCACCCCAACUUUGGUUUGGAAACUCCACAGCGAUGCCUGUCACACUCCGCUGCUGCUGCGCGUUGUAGCACUCGGAUUACUGCUGCUCCUGCGGCGGGGUGUUGUAAGAAGAUCCAUUCAUUCAUCUGGAUUCAGUGUCCGUGGAGGUGAAGAGUGGUUUAUUGUUUGGAAGCUGGUUUUUGCAACGAGCAGAAGUUGCAGAAGCGAGUGCGCACACUGGUCUGGGAGUGACUGGAGACGCACACGUGCACGGACUCAUUCUGGAUUCAAGUGUGAACUGUUUGUUUUUCUGUCAGGACGAUUAAACAUGUCUCUGAGCAGGAGCAUCGAGUUCGAGCACUUCGAGGAGAAGAUGCAGCGGACGCCCAGGAACAACCCGGGCCCCGGGUCCGCGCAUCCUGGCUCCAGGGGAAACGGUGCGGUCCCCAGCCCGGCUCACAGCGCGCACUGCAGCUUCUACCGCACGCGCACCCUGCAGUCACUCACCUCCGAGAAGAAAGCCAAGAAAGUGCGAUUCUACCGCAACGGGGACAAGUAUUUCAAAGGGCUGGUGUACGCCGUGUCCAACGACCGGUUCCGGUCCCUGGACGCGCUGCUCAUGGAGCUGACCCGGUCCCUGUCGGACAACGUCAACCUGCCCCAGGGGGUCCGGAGCCUGUACGUGCUGGACGGGGGCAGGAGGAUCAGCAGCCUGGAAGAGUUAGUGGAGGGUGAGAGUUACGUGUGCGCCUCCAACGAACCCUUCCGACGCGUGGACUACGCCAAGAACGUCAACCCCAACUGGUCGGUGGGCUGCAAGACCGGCACCUCGCGCUCCCUCUCCUCCCUCAUGCAGCUGGUGCAGCGCGAGUCCAAGGACUUCAUCAAGCCCAAGCUCGUCACCGUGAUCCGCAGCGGCGUCAAACCGCGCAAGGCCGUUCGCAUCCUGCUCAACAAGAAGACGGCGCACUCCUUCGAUCAGGUGCUCACCGACAUCACCGAGGCCAUCAAGUUGGACUCUGGAGCCGUGAGGAGGCUGUACACGUUGGAGGGCAAGCAGCUCACCUGCCUGCAGGACUUCUUCGGGGACGAUGACGUGUUUAUCGCGUGCGGCCCGGAGAAGCACCGCUACGCCCAGGACGACUUUGUGUUGGAUCACAGUGGUAAGGCUUCCACAGCCUUUAUGACUGAAUGCAGAGUGCUGAAGUCAUCGUACGGCCGCUCUGCGACUCCCGGCCGCUCGGCUAAGAGCCCCGGACCUUCACGACGCAGCAAAUCCCCCGGAGCAGUGAGACGAGCCGUCCACUACUCCACCAGUCAGUCUCCCAUCAAAUCCCCAGUAAACGGCGUCUCGAGCAGCCAGAUCUCCACCAGGUCCACCAAGUCCUCCAGCCCGUCUCCCACCAGCCCCCGACCCGUCCCCAGCUUUACGCAGAUCCCUCCAUCACUUCACAGCUCCUCCACUGAUGUCAACGGCUCAAUGCACAACCACCAAGAGCAAAGCAACCAACUGAGUCCAGAGGUAAACGGCAACCGCUGCCCCCCCGCCGCCCCCAUUUUGGAGAAAUACGAAGUUGGGAAGGUCAUCGGAGACGGCAACUUUGCCGUGGUGAAGGAGUGUGUGGAGAGGUCCACAGGAAAAGAGUUUGCACUGAAGAUCAUCGACAAGGCCAAGUGCAGCGGAAAGGAGCACCUCAUCGAGAACGAGGUGGCCGUGCUGCGGAGGGUGAAGCACCCCAACAUCAUCAUGCUGGUGGAGGAGGUGGACACGGCCUCGGAGCUCUACCUGGUCAUGGAGCUUGUCAAGGGGGGAGAUUUGUUUGACGCCAUCACCUCCUCGACCAAAUACACGGAGAGAGACGGCAGCAUCAUGAUCUACAACCUGGCUGGAGCUCUGAAGUAUCUGCACAGCAUGAACAUCGUCCACAGGGACAUCAAACCAGAGAACCUGCUGGUGUUUGAAUACCCCGAUGGCACCAAGUCCCUGAAGCUCGGGGACUUCGGCCUGGCCACGGUGGUGGAGGGGCCCCUGAACACCGUGUGUGGAACUCCCACCUACGUGGCCCCAGAGAUCAUCUCAGAGUCCGGUUACGGUCUGAAGGUGGAUAUCUGGGCUGCGGGCGUCAUCACCUACAUCCUCCUCUGUGGGUUUCCUCCGUUCAGAAGUGAGAGUAACUUACAAGAGGAGCUGUUUGACCAGAUCCUUCAGGGACGACUGGACUUUCCCAGUCCUUACUGGGACAACAUCACCGACUCAGCCAAGGAGCUGAUUGGAAAAAUGCUGCAGGUCAACGUCGAGGCUCGAUACACAGCACAAGACGUCCUCUCCCACCCAUGGGUCACGGACGAUGCCGUGAUGGAGAACAACAUGAAGAUGGAGGUGACAGGUAAACUGAAGACGCACUUUAACACCGCGCCGAAGCACAACAACACCACAGCUGGUGUGUCCAUCAUCAUGAACACGGCUCUAGAUAAGGAGACGCUCCAGCUCCCUGCACGUCGCCUCCAGGCCCCGUCCUCCCCCCCGAUCCCACCGGCCUCCCAGUCAGGACCGGCUCCUCCAACCAAACCUCCGCCAUCACACGCCAAAGUACCAGAACCUGCCGACACCACGUUGACCACGUCUGUGCCUGAUGACGAGCCUCCCUGCUCUCAGCCUCCCUGCUCUCAGCCUCCCGGUGAAAACAACCCGUCACCCGUUCAGCCUCCUCCCCCCCUCUCCGCUCCUGUGGGUUCCCUCCGGUUCUCUCCGUCACCCUUUGCCGAAGCGUUCCCGUUGGCACCGUCUCCUGUUCCUCCCCCUCUUGAGUCUGGAUCCCCCUCCGACCCUCCUGCUGUUUCCUGUCCUUCCCCUUCAUCUCCUCCCGAACCGGCUUCCCCCUCUCCCUCCAAAGAAUCACCACACCAGUCGGCCCCCCCGACCGAACCAGCUUCCCCAUCCUCCGUCAAACCAGCUGUGUUCCUCCCUCUUUCGUCCCCGACCAAACAGGAACCUUCCCCCCCUUCUCUCCUCCAUCCGACCCUGUUUCCCUCUCCUCCGUCUACUCCGCCCCGAUCCAUGACCCCGCCCUCUCCAUCCGACCCACCUCCUCCCAGCCCUCCGCCUCCUGAGGAGCUGAUAGAGGUUUAAAGGUGUGGUUACCUUCACUCCUCCUGUUUCCACACACACACACCUACACACACACACGUAUGGUUAGACGUGAGGAGAGUGAACCUCCACCUCCAGCUUCUCCCUGUAUCUGUAGCCUGAGCCAGUGACUGCUGCGUCCUCUCCUUCUUUCCUCACUCGUUCUCCGAGACGGAGGAUGGGAGGUAUUUUUCCAGUGUGAGUGUGAAAAACGAGUUGAUUGUGUAUAUAUAGGUUUGUAUUUAUUAACGGAGGGUGUGGAUGAAGGGAAUGAAAUGAAACCCCUGUGCUCUGAGUGGUUGUCCUUGGAAGGCGGACUGCAUCACAUCAAUGUGAAUUCUUUUUCCUUUAUUUCUUUUCCCGGUGGCUCUUCUGUAAAUAUCCGUCACACACAAACAUCCCAUGUUCUUUGGCGCAUUUAUAUUUCACCCUACCAACUAUAGCCACCGACAGUAUUUUUCUCUUUGCUCAUGAAAACCACAAAUCUACAAUGUGAUAAGGUAAAAGUACCAAGCAGCUAAUAACAGUGAAGGAAGUACCUUGAAUUUCUGUCUGUACAAGUGAAGAUUAACUGUUAAAUCUGCUCAGACUCUAAGUUUGAAACACAGAAACAAGCUAAAGAAAACUUUCUGUAGCUUCCUGUGCAGUUUGUUCUCAUCUUGUUUUAUGAUUUCAUAUAAACUCUGAAGAUAAACAAUUGUCAAAAUCAUUCAUAAUAAUAUUUAUUAUACUUAAAUUAAAUCUUAUGAGCAGCUCAGAGGUGAAGAGAUCUCAAUGAGAAAUGUUUGUUUGUGGUGCUCCGAUUAAAAAAAUACAGUUGUCUACCAAACACAUUCCCUGAAAAUCUGAAGAAUUGAUACAAAUAAAUAUCUAUCAUUAGUAUUUAACGAACAGCAUCUGGAACAUUGUUGAAGUUGGAAUCCCGUAAGGCUGUUAUCACCACAAACUUAAUCCUUUCCACCUUCGAGGUAUUUUAGCAACACUUCUGCUGAGCAGCAGCGCCCCCUGCAGCUUCACAUGGUUAUUAAUUCAGUUGUCUGAGUGGCUUUCAUGUAGAGAAGAGAAGAGUCCAUCAGUGUGAUGACCUGAGCUCUGACUGCAUCGCCCCACUCGCUGAACUGAAACAAGACAGAUUUGACUCAUGGUCCCCGGCUUCCUGAACAAAUGCAUCAAAAUCUGAUGAGAACUAUUGAUAUUUCAAAAGAAGAUAAACAUCUUUUAACUAAUCUAUGGUUCGGUGUUAAUCUGCGACAGUCAGAGAUCGAACCCACCCAAGUGAAAAAGAAAGAGGAAACACUCUUUCUAUUCCAAGUUCAAGUGGAUAUUUUAAGUUAUAAAGUUGCAUAGUGUUGGUUUGACGGAGACAAGAGGAAAAAAUGUCCUGGUCAAAAACCGAGUCAAGACUAUUUAGUAGUUUAAGACUCACUGACACGAUCAAUAACACAAUAACUGUCAUUUAUAAUUUAAAUAAUGUUUUUCAUAAUGUGAAGAAACUUUUCUGUCGAUGUGAAGUUUCUGCUGCGACGGACAAGAUGCACAUUCUGGUUUGAUCCCAGUUCAGAGACUUUCCCACUGACUGGUGACCACACGCUGACGAGCUGCAUGAGACUCAACGCUGCUCCUGUCCUUUGAUCUUUAUAAAAAUGUCGGCUUUACCAAGUAGAGGGAUGAAUGUGUUGUCAGGCCACAGGUGUGUGUGUGUGUGCCUCACUGCUUCACGAUGCCUUUACCAGCGCCAACCUGUGCAUCCUCAGUUUAUCUUUAAAUGGUUUGUUGUUCACUGGUUUUAAACUGCUCAGCUGGUGUUAGCGGUGUCGACUCCUCCUGCUCUCAGCUGCAUGAAGACCCCCCCCCCCCCCAGCUCAGUCAGGUUGGUCGCUGAGCUCCUCUUACGUAUUCCUACUUAGUUUCCUAUGCUUCGUCAUAGCAGUUUGUAAAAAAGGGAAAUUUAUAUGAGGAAAAACAGGUAGAGCUGAAACUGGAGUUUUUAAAUUAGACCUAGAGCUUUUAAUGUCCCACUGUUUGAAAACAUGGCAGCGCGAGGAAAAAUGAAUAAAUCUAAAAAUGCAAUAAAGACUUGAAAAUGAACAA